AUGCAGGAGAACAGCAUGGAUCAGCCCACGUCUUUAUCACAGCUUCUGCGUGAGAGUUACCUGGCCGAGGCCCGAGCUCAUCACAGACACGGCGAAUCCAGCUCCAUAGACAGCCCUAGCCGCCUGGUGUACGGGACGCUCAAGGAGAAAGCGGACGACACAGAGCCACAGUUGCCGGACCUGUCUGCCUUCCUGAGCCAGGAGGAACUGGACAAGAGCGUGGAUCUGGCCUGCAAAGCGUUCAGCAGCGAUCCUCGAGAACGUGAGGAGAGAUCCGACACACAUCCACCAACGAGCCACUGUAAUCUUCCUUCCAGCAAACCCACUCCAGAAACAGAGGUCAUUUCAGAAAGACAAACAGUCCAGACUCCCAUCCAAGAUAAUGUGAUCAGGAACGUCAGAAGUGCUAGGGAACCUGCGGCAGAUUUCAGAAGACCUCAGAGAAACGCUCCAUACGGCUUGGAGACCCAAUCCAAGAAGGAGUUCCUCAACAAAGCAGCUGAUUUCAUAGAAGAGCUUUCGUCUCUGUUUAAAGCCGGCAGCUCCAAGCGAAUUCGGCCUCGUGCUGGCAAAACCCACCGGAGCCGAUUCCAGAACAAAACCCAGCUUGAUGGCACUUUGUACUCCAUUAAUGCAGAAGAUCGAGAAAGACCUAUUCUGCUCAACCAGCAGAUGGAGGAGCCUCAGGAGAAGAGUGGAGUCACGGAGGAGCCUCAGGAGCCGGCUCUGAUUCAGACUGAGAGCUCGGAGGAACCCGUGUGUGAACCUCCACACUUCAUACAGAAACUCAAAAGCAGGGAGGUUCCUGAGGGCAGUAAAGUCCAGUUGGAUUGUAUCGUCAGAGGACUGCCUGCUCCUGAAGUUCGGUGGUUUUGUGAGGGUAAAGAGUUGGAAAACAGUCCUGAUAUUCAGAUCAUCGCUAAUGGUGAGCGACACACUCUGAUCAUAGCAGAGGCAUUUGAAGAAGACACGGGCAGAUACUCGUGCUUUGCCUCCAACUUUUAUGGCACAGACUCCACCUCAGCAGAAAUCUACAUUGAGGGAGCAUCUUCGUCAGAUUCUGACGAAGAAAAACAUUUUCAAGCAGAACUUCAUGAAAGAUCUCCUCAGCCCAAACCUGCUGUGGUCUUGGCAGAACCCAACACAUCUGCUGAAGACACCACACCAACUAUAACAACCACCUUCGCUGAACCACCAGCACCUUCUGACACAGAAGCAGUGCCACUGACUGAGCUGAUUGCUAACCCAAGCUCUAAGCAGGAAGAUACAGAACUUCUGAGUUCCAAGGUUGUCAGCGCUGAAAUACCUGUACUAGAACCAAACAUUUCUGUAGUAGAACCAACCAUACCUGUACUAGAACCAUCAACGCCAAUAUCUGAGGUCGAACCCACUCCACCAAUUUCUCCACUGACCAUUGCCCCACCAUCACCUCCAUCCAGCCAAAGUAUCUCCGAUGUACUGUUAACAUCUCAACAGAGCAUUUCUGAGAGGUGGUUUUGUGAGGGUAAAGAGUUGGAAAACAGUCCUGAUAUUCAGAUCAUCGCUAAUGGUGAGCGACACACUCUGAUCAUAGCAGAGGCAUUUGAAGAAGACACGGGCAGAUACUCGUGCUUUGCCUCCAACUUUUAUGGCACAGACUCCACCUCAGCAGAAAUCUACAUUGAGGGAGCAUCUUCGUCAGAUUCUGACGAAGAAAAACAUUUUCAAGCAGAACUUCAUGAAAGAUCUCCUCAGCCCAAACCUGCUGUGGUCUUGGCAGAACCCAACACAUCUGCUGAAGACACCACACCAACUAUAACAACCACCUUCGCUGAACCACCAGCACCUUCUGACACAGAAGCAGUGCCACUGACUGAGCUGAUUGCUAACCCAAGCUCUAAGCAGGAAGAUACAGAACUUCUGAGUUCCAAGGUUGUCAGCGCUGAAAUACCUGUACUAGAACCAAACAUUUCUGUAGUAGAACCAACCAUACCUGUACUAGAACCAUCAACGCCAAUAUCUGAGGUCGAACCCACUCCACCAAUUUCUCCACUGACCAUUGCCCCACCAUCACCUCCAUCCAGCCAAAGUAUCUCCGAUGUACUGUUAACAUCUCAACAGAGCAUUUCUGAGACUCUAAAUGGCAGCAGUAGCUAUCUUCAAAGCUUCGAUGUAAGGCCCAUGAUGGCAGCUCCUGUUUUUACGAAGAACCUCCAGGAUGUCCUGGCUGUAGAGAGUCAGUUGGUAGUUCUUGAGUGCAGAGUAAAAGGCAUUCCCUCCCCUAAAGUGGACUGGUACCGGGAGGGAACACUUAUUGAAGAUUCCCCAGACUUCAGAAUCCUUCAGAAGAAACCAAGAUCCAUGGCUGAGUCUGAGGAGAUAUGUACUUUGGUUAUUGCGGAGGUCUUUCCAGAGGAUUCUGGAACAUUUACUUGCAUAGCCAGCAAUAAAUAUGGCACAGUUUCCAGUACUGCAGUAUUGAGAGUAAAAGGACACAAUAAGAACAGCACCAAUCCUAAAACAACAAGCACUUUAACAGUGGAAUCCUCCCUCCAAAAGAUUCCGGCAACAGAACUGAUGUCAACAUCUUUAAAGCAUAAACCAGAUGUUCCUCUGGUAAACAACAAACUUCACUCAAGUAUGAUUUGCCUUGACCCUUUGAAAUCUGGAUUUAAGCAUUCAGACAUUCAGGACUCUGGAACACCUCGCUCAGAUUCCCUAAAUCCUCGUACCCUUCGCCAUGAUCUCACCACUAGCCUACCUAGUCUAAAUCCUCUCAGCAUUGGAAAAUACAGCUCAGAUACUUUAAGGACUAGUUUACCUCAGCUAGACCCACUCAGCUUCAGUUCUUCUUCACUGAACUCAGAUUCAAACCAUAAGCCUCUCAGCUCUAGCACAACACACUUUGAUUCAGGAGGGUCCGGUUUUAAGCCUUCCACAGAAGUGACCCAAAGUCCACCAAACGGAUCAGCCUCCAGCAUCACUAUGAGCUCUGAUGCCUCGGUAGAACCAUUACCAAAUGGUUCAAAACCAACCCCCAGCCCUUCUGUUACUAGUUUCCCACCAGUAAACUGCAGUAACCAUCAAGAGCGGCCAACUGUUAAACCCCUACCUGAUACCCCAACUUCUUGCCUCAAGACAAGACCCGAGGGUAUAUUAGGGAAUCACAACGAAUCCCGCUCUAGUUCCCGAGUUGGCCUCCGUGUAACCUUUAAACUCCUGGAAGAUGAAGACGAGGAGGAGAAAGGAAUGUCAUCUAAAGAACCACCACCAGUGUUGGCUAAACCAAAAUUAGACCCAGUGCAGCUUCAGAUCCUCCACAACCAGGUGCUUUUGGAACAGUGGCAGGAAGAUGCCUCCCCAAGCCAAGAUUCACCACAUUUAGACAGGACAAGUUGUGAGCCACCGCCUGUCAAGCCAACUCACCCUCCUGCAAAUUCAGUUCCAUCCCAACUCCAACCACCUCCUUUUGUAAUGAACUCUGCUCCAAUUCCUCUGCAGACCCCUGCAUCUGUCCCUCUACUUCCUACAGUACCUGCUUCCAUAUUAAAAGCUGUACCUGUAUCACAAUUUAGCAUGCCUUUAACCAAUUCCAUGCCCUUGCCUCAACUUACUCCAUCAGCCACAACCUUACACAACCACCCUCCAAUACCUCAACAAAAUCUGGUUCCUACUCUGACCAAUGCCAUGGGCCUGCCGAAGAGGGCCCCACCUGGGCCUCAAGGUGCACUAAAGAAGAAUCAAAGAGGUUCCAGACUCAUGUCUGAUGAUGACAUCCGCGAGAGCAAGGAAACACUGUUACAAGAUAUUGAGAAGAAAUUGCAAUUUAAAGAUGAACAGCUUCGUUUUGGACAGCAGGAAUACAAGGUGUCGAGCUUUGAGCAGAGGCUACUGAGCGAGAUCGAGUUUCGUUUGGAAAGAACUCCAGUUGAAGAGUCGGACGAUGAAGUUCAGCACGAUGAAAUUCCCUCUGGAAAAUGCAUCGCGCCCAUCUUCGACAAGAAACUGAAGCACUUCAGGGCUGUGGAAGGGAUUCCUGUCACAUUUACCUGUAAAGUUGUUGGAAUUCCAAUUCCUAAAGUUUACUGGUUUAAGGAUGGAAAGCAGAUUUUGAAGAAAAACGUGCACUAUAAGAAGAUCAGAGAGGGUGAUGGGACGUGUUCAUUACACAUAGAAGCCGUCACAAGUGACGAUGACGGCAAUUAUACAGUCAUGGCAGCGAAUCCACAGGGCAGAAUAAGUUGCUCUGGCCAUUUGAUUGUCCAAACGGGUCCCGUGCGAAACCGUCCCAUGGUUCACUCGCAGAGAGUCCGAGCGCGUGUACAGGAAGUGGAGGGCGAGCCGGCUCAAGAGCGCUUCUUUCGUCCGCACUUCCUGCAGGCUCCGGGAGACAUGUCGGCUCAUGAGGGACGCCUCUGUAGGUUAGACUGCAAGGUGAGUGGGUUACCUCAUCCUGAAAUCAUGUGGCUUCUCAACGGGAGGCCCAUAUAUCCAGACCUCACUCACCGAAUGCUCGUGAGAGAAAACGGCAUCCAUUCUCUGGUUAUUGACCCUCUGACUCAAGCCGAUGACGGGACGUACACCUGCAUCGCCUCAAAUAAAGCGGGACAGAGUUCAUUCGGCCUCGAGCUCAGAGUAGUGGAAAAAGAGCUGAAGCAGGCGCCGCAUUUCGUGGAAAAGCUGCAGAACACGGGCAUCGCCGAGGGCUCCCCGGUGCGUCUGGAGUGCAGGGUUGUGGGAAUGCCACAGCCGCUCAUCUUCUGGAAGAAAGACAAUGACACGAUCCCUCACUCGAAGGACAGAGUCAGCAUGCAUCAGGACACGACAGGUUAUGUUUGUCUACUGAUUCAACCGACUAGAAAGGAAGAUGCUGGCUGGUACACGGUGUCUGCAAAAAAUGAAGCAGGAAUCAUAUCAUGCACAGCAAGACUAGACCUAUACGCUCAGUGGUAUCAGCCCGUUCAUGCACCGAUGAAGAAAACGCAGCUCAGCGGGAGUCGAUACGCUGCUCUCACCGGCCAGGGUCUGGAUAUAAAGUCAGCAUUUUCCAUGAGCGACAACGGCCCCGUCACAUUCUCUGCCUCCCAACCAGAGCGAAGGGUAGAAAGUGAGGAGCUGUAGAUGCUCGCAGGUUAAUGAUGGCGCACAGAGGAUUUAAAGACAACACGUUGUGCUGAGUGGUUGGAGUUGCAAUCUAAAAGCAAACAAGGAUCUGAUGUUUCUGCACUCAUUUGUAGUUGUAUAUGUCUUUACACGGGCCUAUCAUUUAAAGGAAUAGUUCAGCCAAAUAUGAAAAUGGGCUAAAAAUCUGCUUAUCCUCAGGCCAUCUAAUAUGUAGAUGAGUUUGUUUCUUCAUCAGGUUUGGAGAAAUGUAGCAUUGCAUCAGUGUC